AGUCGACGCGGUUCAUUGCGAAAAACAGGCAACUUUAUGGCGACUCUAUGUGAAACGUGUUGCAGUGCAUUAUUAAUUGAAUAAAAAUAUAUUUACAUUUAACGCCAAUUGUGAGCAGAGAAAGGCUUCGUCGACAUGGACGUCGAAACAUCAGUCGUGAAUAACUCGCCGGAGGAAAAUCCACUCGAUGAUGUGCAGAAAUUAGUAAAAGCUCUCUAUGAUUCUUCGAAUUAUAUGACAACGAACGCUAAAUAUGAAGAUGCUGCUGUUUUCGUAGGAAGUACUCGAUCUGGCAAAAGCACCCUAAUAAAUGCCCUCAUUGGUAACCGUUUGAAAGUUGAAAGAAAUGAAAGAGGCAGAGCCAUUGAGAUAUCUUUAGCUGAUGGUCAAUCUUCAGGACCUCAAAUGGGAAUCGCUUCUACAGUUUCCUCAAGUUGGAUGUCAAAUACUUUUCCUUCCAUGAGUAUCUGGGAUACUCCUGGCUUCGAUGAUGCAAGAGGUGCUUCGCGGGAUGUAGUUAAUGCUUCCUACAUUUUCUUUUUAAUUCGAAGAGUUAAGUCAUUAAAGGUUAUCGUAGUUGUAGACAUUAAUGACAUUCUAAAUGAUAAUGUCAAACCAUUUUUGUCUCUUUUAAAUGCACUUGAACAUCUUUUGGGGGAUCAAAUGAAAUCCAUGUUUUCAAGUAUCUCCGUUGUUUUUUCAAAGGUACCCGAUUUUAUAAAUGAUAUUCCAGUAAAUAUCGAAUUUAUUACCGAGACAUUAAAAGAACAGUUUUUGACGACCGAGGACUUGCUUUUAACUCCUUUGACGAAAGACUUUUUACUGUAUUUAACAGAAAAUGUGGAUCGCGUCGCUCUUUUUAAAAGAGUGGAACCAGGCGAAAAUAUCUUUGUAGCAACUGAUAAUAUUCGUCAAGUUAUUAAUAAUUCCACAAGCUUAACUAAUGACGCUCUAAAGAAAUUGAAAAUUUGUAUUCCCGAUUCUUCCAAGAUUUUUCUAUUCAAUGCGCGUUCAGUUUUAACUUCAAAAGCAGAAUUUAUUGCAUUAGGAAACAUUUUGUGUACCGAAUGUCAGUCAAAAAAUGAAGGUUUAAAAGAUUUAAUAAAUAAGAUGUCGAACGAAUGUGAAAUACAAACUUAUCUUAAUGAUUUAAAGUUAAUCGGAAAACAAAUUUCUAUCAUAAUUCAAGAAAAGAAUUUAACACUGAAAAUUGAAUUUCUAAAAUCUAUUGAUGUUUCAAUUCGAAACAAAAUUGAGGAACAUAGAUUGCUGGAGAGAGCUCCUUUAAUUGAGUUCAGUGACAAAAUCUUAGAAAUGAAUGAAUACGAUGAACUUUCUUUAAAUUUGCAUUCAAUUCUAUGUAACGUAUCUUCGAAAGUAAAAAAAAAUAUUUUAUUUUAUGAUUUUAUAUUAUGGACGACAAUAGAUAAAGAAUAUGGUGACUUGAUAAAUAAAGAACAUGAAGAGUAUAAAAAUAGAUUUUACGAUUGUGAAAAAGAAUUACAAAAAGUAAUAAGCAAAAAUAAUGAAAGAAAAGUUUUCUUUGAGAAUUUAGAAAGAAACAAAAUAGUUUUGUUUUCUGAAUCAGAUCUCGAUAAUUUACUAAAGGAACAAAAUGAAAAUUGGAAAAAUGAAAUCGAUGAAGAUGGAAGAUGGGUUCAUCUAAUAAAUGAGGAUUUGCAAAAUGUAGUAGUAAAACCUGAUUUACGUGAUGAAUUUAUGCCCGAAACUCAUUUGUUGAUAAUGAUUUUUUUAUAUACAUAUUGGGCUAUAAAACUAAUACUAGCUUUUUCUGAAAACACGAAAAAAAAAUUCAGUGAUAAAACGUUAGAAAUAUGAAUGAAUCGGAUGAACUUUCUUUAAAUCUGCAUUUAAUUCUAUGUAAUGUAUCUUCGAAAGUAAAAGAAAAUGUUACUUUAUGAUUUUAUAUUAGGGACGAUAAUAGACAUAGAAUAUGAUGACUUGAUGAAUGAAGACCAUGAAUAGUAUAAAAAUAGAUUCUAUGAUUGUGAAAAAGAAUUAAAAAAAGUAAUAAGCAAAAAUAGUAGAUGAAAAGUUUUCUUUAAGAAUUUAAAAAAAAAAAUUUUCCACAUAUUUCCGACCGCAUCUGACAUUUAACAGAAAAUGUGAAUCUCAUCGCUUUUUUUAAGAGAAUAGAAUCAUGUGUUUAUUUUCCUGUAUUAACAGCAUGUGAUUGUUACAGAAUUCAAUGUUAAUUUUUUCGACCACUUUUGUCUUAAAAUAUUAAAUAAAUUAAGCUAGUUUUUUGUGAAUAACUCUAAAAUAUCAUAAAG